AUGCACGCCCACCGCUCCCCGGCGCGCUUCGGCGCGCUGUUCCUGGUGUCGCUGCUCAUCGCGGCCUGCCUGCAGGCGCCCGUGGCCUUCGCCCAAGACUAUUCCACCCAGGCGCGGCGCCGCGCGCCCCCGCAGUCAUCAGGCGGCGGCGACACUGGGGCCGAGGGCGAGCCGCCGCUGUCUUGCUGCGCCACGAUCCGCUGCGCCGCUGGCUACAAAUGCGUAUGCAACGGCAACAGCGGCGGCUGCGCGCCCGACCCCGCACACAGCGCGCCCGAGCCCCAACCCGGGCGGCCCCCAUUUGGCGCUCCUCCAAAGUGA